AUGGCAGCGACUCAGAACUUGAAUCGCGUGGAACUUGGCCAGGUACGGGAUGGCUACCCGGCGCUUGCUAGCUGGAUAGGCCGAGACCCAGAUGGCGAAACUCUCGUAUUCCGCAGGUUCAGGCGUCUGAGUGCGCGAAACCUCCUUCACUUGCAGAGCGGUCUCAUUCAGUUAGAGCAGGAGAUCGAUGAACUCGAUGAAGAAGCGCGAAAGAGUUCAGAUCUAGAAUCUCGACAGGCAUCACGUCGAUGGGAAACACUCAUACAGCUAGGUGCUGACUCGACAAGACUAGAGAAAAAGCGACUUGAAAAAGCAGCCGAGUUAUCGUCGAAGAUGAAAGAAUAUGAAGAAGCGCUUCUUCGACAAUCUCAAAUCUCCGAAUUAAGCGGACCUGGCGAUCGUGUUCUCUCUACCUACCGCGAUUAUAUCGAAGGAAAUGCUUGGAAAAGCGCUUACUUACCAUCGGUUCCUAUAAUAAGCGGAAACGCGAAGGACAUGCUGAAAGAAGCUGACGACUUGGUUUCCUUAAAAAAGGUCGACGACGAAGAUAUUCUCUCAAAAUUCCUGCAAGAUCACUGGGUCUUUCAGAGGCACAAGGGGAGUGACCCCCUGGAUCAAACGACGAUCUAUAAGGGACAGCAUAUAACGCGCAUUGUUGCUGCGAUGAGUAUCCUGUUCUCCGCGGUUCUCCUGGUUGUUGCGAUUAUAAGUCUCUAUGUUAUUGAUAACCCGACUACGAAGUUGGGUCUAGUGGUCGCCUAUACAUUUAUUUUUGCUUUGAGUAUCGCGUUAUUGACGAGCGCAAAAAGGGCAGAAAUAUUUGGCGCUGCAGCUGCAUAUGCUGCAACUGUGGACGGGGGAAAAUAUUAA